CUUGUUUCUUGGGUUUUGUUUACAGCUCGCUAGGUAAACAGCCCUACAACCAUAUAUGGUGCAACACGUUCAGUGAACAUAGUAAUUGUUUAUUUAUAGACAUGAUAUGGAAGUAUGAGUGUCUAUAUAUCAUAAACUAAUUAUUUCAAACGUUAGUUUUGUCGGUUUGUCUUCAAGAUGUAUGACGAGAUCAAGAAUUACCUGAACAGUCAGAAAGAAAAGGGCGGAUCCACGAAAAAGCCAGCUCUAGCGGGCGCCCAACCGUCACCCUGGGCAUUUCUUCCUCCAGUACCGAAGGAUAAUUUCAACGAGGUUUACCCGGGGAUUCUGUUAGGGAAUUAUUACAUAGCCAAAGACAAAGAGGAAUUAAAACGGAAGCGAGUGACUCAUGUUGUGAACUGUGCUCAGGGGACCAAGUUUAACCAGAUAAACACAGACGAGGAAUAUUUCUCAGGAUCAGACAUCAAGUUCCUGGGUAUUCAGGCCCUGGACACCGCACGGUUCCCCAUCAAACAAUACUUCCAAACUGCCGCUGACUUCAUAGAGGAAGCUCUCAAGGAGAAAGGAACUGUGUACGUUCAUUGUCAGAGUGGAAUGAGUCGUUCCGGAUCUAUUGUACUGGCCUAUCUAAUGAUAAAGCAGGAUAUGUCUGUAUUGGACGCUGUAAAACUAGUCCGAGAUAAACGAGAGAUCUUCCCAAAUGACGGAUUCCUGAAACAGCUCUGUGAACUAGACCAAGAAUUACAACAAAGAUGAUAACAACGUAUGGACAUUAAAAAGGCUAAAUGCUUAGUGUCCCGAUCACAAAGCUAAAUGACCAUAUCCGCGUCAUUUCAAACGCGACAAGAGCACCUGUAUAUCAUAGUCUGUUUACAGUAGUGGCGUAAUGAUGAAAUAUUGAUCCACUUUGUGUAUCUAUCUAUAAUGAAGUAUAAAAAGAUAAUAUACUUGAGAUAACAGAAGAAACAUUAACUUGCGUUGACUAUACACGCCAUAUUGAUGGCAAACGUUAUUCAAACUACAUAUAUGUAGGUAACAGACAAUGUUAAUCAUCUUAAUGAAAUCUAUCAAAUACGGAAAAUCUAAAUUGCUGCAUCACUGUCCACAUAUCUGGUACAACGAUCCAUAAACCCAUGGCAACCAGAAGCGCCACCCACGGAGUUCCAGACACAGUUACACUUGGCCGGAAGUCGGGAGCACUGAUCUUUUUUCGUAAAGCUUUGCUUGUCGUGUUUUUUAAAACAAUUAGUUCCUGUCUCAUUUUCUUAAUUUCUGCAAUCAGGGCCUCAUCUGUAGGUGUUGUGUAUUUUGGGUUGGUCACUUUAUUACAUGGACACAUACAGCUUCCAGACGCUGCAAACGAUAAAACAUUAAAUUUUAUAUUACUUAUAUACGUGUAUAUGGCAUGUAUACAAAGGUAUAUGUACUGUUAAGUCGACCGCAGCAUCAACCACUGUUAGUCAGGGUUCUGUACUAAUUUCUAUUGUGCCUUCAUGACAUUUUUCAAAACGUCUUUCUAAAAUAACGUACUUUGUCACUUUUAAAAGAAGCAAAUUCAUUUUUGAUAAGACAUGAGGGUAUGAACAUAUUUUCAAAAUUGAAAUUAAUUUUUUGUAUUUACAUUCUACUUUCAUUUAUGUUGGAAUCCCCAACAGUUAAAAUAGACGUACUAUGUUUAUCAAGAUUCAUACGCACAUUGUUCACAACUGCAGUGCUAUUCAUGAGAAAAUGGUUGUCAUUACAAUUUGUAAAGAUAACGGCAAAAAUAUUAGAAAUGGUACCACUUUCUGAAAGGGGAAGGCAACCCUAACCACAUUGUUAUUUUUUUUUAGUAAAGUAUUACUUACUGAUAUCUUAAAUGACAGUCUUUAACAACAACAACAACAACCCUUGCUUAACGAUUCAAUCAAUAUCAAUCUAUCAUAUAUCUGAAAUUACCCACCGCUAAGAGCGGCUAUUGAAAUUUAGUUUAUGACGUCACACCGUAACUUCCGGUUUAUUUCAUCAGCAGUACUGUAAAUAUGACAAGUCACGAACAGUUAAGUAUGGAGUCAUAUAGAUUUGAGCCCGUUCUUUCGCAAGAAGAAAUUGAGGAAAGAAGACGUUCAGUCGAUUCAAAGACCAGGCAGACGGUACACGUUUCUUCAUGCAAAUGUUUCGAACCUCAACUUGUCAGAACGCAAAUGAUGGAUCCACAGUUUACAUAGUAUUUCUUUUUAGAUGACUUGGUUGGGUCAGGAAUUUCAAAAGAACCUUUUUCACAUCUCCCCUACGCAUUAAUGCAAUUAAGAGCAUGGCAGGAAGGCAUCAUCCUAUUUAUUCGUAAAAUCUUCGAUGAUCUUUGAAUCACAUUAAAACUGGAACAGGCGGUGUGACGUCAAAUUAUUGAUUUUUGUGGUCUUUAAUACAAAAGAGUUCUACAUCAUGGCAGCCUCUAUAGAUGUCGGGAAUUUCGAUUUUUAACGUUUUCAAAUGAGUACUGAAGCUUAUCUAGGCUGUAUAUCAACAGAAUAUGUGGCAAAUUGUUAUCAUAUAAUUAAUCCUAUCAUUUAUCAUGUAAAUUUUCUAGGUUGCAUUCCUGUCCAAGGACUCUUCACCUAUACAAUGUAUAACAAGCAUACUUCAACAUAAAUAUAUUCGUUAUGCUGAAUAAAUCAUAGAUUCUCCACGUGCGAGAGCUUCAGUUACAAAAUUCCCAUUCUUAUUCUAAUUUUAACUUGUAUAUAAAUUUCUUCCAUAAAGGUAUAGGCAAAGACAUAAUGAAAGUUAUAAAAGUUGAUAUACAUCUUUUAUACACUCGUGUAAUGUUCCUGAAGCAUUGUCUCUUGGUAUUACCUUCUGUUGUUAUGCGUGUUUUUAUACAAAUCUAUUAAAUGUAUAAUUGUU